AUGCGCCAGGUACUUAGUUUCUUGAGUCUGUCACUGGCAAUCAUACCCAGAACCAGGGCUUUGGAUGCUUCCAUAUUCACCUUUAGCCCAUCACCAUGGCAAAAUUCAAAGGCGCCCGUUAUAAAUGAUGAUGCGGCUCAACAUCUGUUGGAACUCCGAAUGAACCUACCUACCGCAUCAGCUCUUGGGGGGUGGGAUCAAGACACAGUGGAGCUUUUGGACAGAUAUGGCGGAGCACCAAGCUCAUUGUUCGGUUAUGAUGUCGACCGUAAGGUCAUCACGAGAAAUCUUAUGAUUUUUGAAGGCAUAGAUAUUGGAGCUGGAGGGUCAUCUAUUCAAGAAAAUUAUCAAGGUGACCUAAUGGUUACUAGUCUCUCUGCCGAUUUUCUGAAUGAUCUCCUUCUCAGGCUUUCUUCAGAAACGAAAUUCAACGGCUCCGUAGUGGCCACAGAAAAGUAUUGCAAAUUCGAUAGCGAAGUCGAAAUCAACCCCAAUAUUCUCCAGACCAUUGAAACUUGUAUGCCCAAGGGCUCUGCGUUCGAAACGUUGACCCAUAUGUUUGGCAAAGAGCUACUGGGUCUAGUUAAGGUGGCGGAGACGUGGGUGGACGAGCAAAGCUUGACAGCAGUCUUAAGGAUCUCCUUUCAGCCCCCCAAAGUAUUGAUGAACUCUGGAUUUGCAGCCGACUUUCUGACGCCUAUACUCCGUAGUCUACGCGCUCUUUCUUCGGAAGGCGAACAGGUAACUGCGGUCCUCCUGGGUCAGUCCAGCAAAGUCCAAGGAUUAAAACGUAAGGUAAAUCCUCGAGGAGCCUUUGAAGAAGAAGCAAUGUCCAAGUCGACCAGCGCAGCAGUUAUGGCGACGCUUCAGAAACAAGAAUUUCCGGUUUGUUUUACCUCCAAUUCUUCAUGCGAUGCGGCAACAAGUAGCUGCUCUGGACAUGGGUUUUGCUAUAAAAAGUCCGGAGCAGCAAACGACGAGGCCGCUAGCGACUGCUAUGCAUGCAAAUGCAAGUCAACAAUCGUUGCUAAGGAAGAUGGCACUGUCCAAAAAGUCCGAUGGGGAGGACCUGCGUGUCAGAAAAGGGAUAUUAGCUCGCCGUUUUUCUUAAUUGUCGGUAUCAGUAUACUGGUAGUCAUGGCGACUGGUACUGCUGUCGUGAUGUUAUUUCACAUUGGUCAAGAUGAGUUACCGGGUGUUAUAAGCGCUGGAGUCGGCCCCGCAAGAGCGCAAAAGUGA